AUGGUAUUUAAAUGGGCAGAGGAAAAUAAUCUUUAUCUUCUGUUUGAUGCUAAAGAUCGAUGCACCUUUAGGUCCAGCGCUUGGGGUUGUGAAUAUAAUCCUGACUUGUGCUUUGUGUCUUCAGAUAACAAUAGACAACCGUUAUCAGCUACACGAACAGUUUUAAAUCAGUUCCCGCAUAGCCAGCACUGCCCAAUAAUUAUUGGAAUUGGACUUAGUAUUCCUAUAGUAAAUAGUAUACCACGCCCAAGAUGGAAUUUUAACAAGGCUAACUGGACUUUGUUCUCAGAAGAUCUUGACAAAUGUUUGGGAUGGAUCCCACCUACAUCCAACAAUUAUAAAAGGUUUGUUGGAGCACUGUUUAGCGUAGCCAAGAAAUGUAUACCUAGAGGAUAUCGCAAGAUUUAUAUCCCAGGAUGGAGUGAAAAAAGUGAAUCACUAUAUAGGAAGUUCCUGGAAUCUGGUGAUCUUGAAUUAGGGGAUGAACUACUUCAUAGCUUAGAUGAUGCCAGGCGCCUUAGAUGGAUAAACACUGUACAAAAUUUGGAUUUUACAAAGUCAAGUAGGAAGGCUUGGUCCUUGCUUAGAAGAUUGGGAGGAGCAACUGUCAAAUCAGGUAGAGAAAUCUUGAUUACUCCAAAUAGUAUUGCAGAACAUAUACUAAACAUAUCUAGAGCUCCUAGAGAUCGUGAAUUCACAAUUAAGAUUAAAAAAGAACUUACGUCCAUUAAAGCUAAAUGUUUAAAUGAUACAGCGUACUCUCUACCUUUUGAUACUGAAGAAAUCUAUGCUGCCCUUAAACAAAUAAAAGCUGGUAAAGCCCCUGGAAAUGAUGGUGUCCAUCCUGAAUUCCUGUUACACAGCGGCAAGUAUACUAAGCAAUGGCUGGCUCGCUUCUUUACUGACAUCUUACAGAAAGGUGAAAUUCCUUUCGCUAUGAAACAAGCUAAAAUCAUAGCUAUCCUGAAACCUGGAAAACCUAACGAUAGACCAGAGAGCUAUCGACCUAUCUCACUCUUGAGUGUGAUGUAUAAGCUAUUAGAGAGACUUCUUUACAACAGAUUGAGCAAUACAAUUUUUGAGAAUAUUCCGAUCUUUAAUUUAGUUCCUUUGCGUAAUGAAACGUGA